AUGACAGGUGAAGCAGUUAACCCUAAAGCAUACCCUUUGGCUGAUGCUCAGCUUACGAUUACGAUUAUGGAUCUUGUUCAACAAGCCGCUAACUACAAGCAACUCAAGAAGGGUGCUAAUGAAGCGACUAAGACUCUGAAUAGAGGUAUUUCUGAGUUUGUUGUUAUGGCGGCUGAUGCUGAGCCUCUCGAGAUUCUUCUCCAUCUUCCUCUACUUGCUGAGGAUAAGAAUGUUCCCUAUGUGUUUGUCACAUCGAAACAAGCACUUGGCCGUGCUUGUGGAGUAACCCGACCAGUGAUUGCUUGUUCUGUUACAACUAAUGAAGGAAGUCAAUUGAAAUCCCAAAUUCAGCAACUCAAGGAUGCUAUUGAGAAGUUGCUGAUCUGA